AGCUUCAAGCUAAUAUAUAGACACUCUUUACUCUCACCCUUAUUUCAUCUAUCUACAACAUAACCCACUCUCACCACACACACACACACACACACACACACAAGAUAAUCUACUACAAUGGCUGUCAUGGGAUCCUCCACUACCCGCUGCCCCGUCGCCUACGGCCGCUCUGGCUACAACAAGGACGGCGACGAUGAGGAGAAAGACAAGAACCUCAUCAACUUUGGUCGUUCCGGCUACAACAAGGACGGUGAUGACGACGAGGAGAACAAGUUCCGCAACUUUGGCCGCUCUGGCUACAACAAGGGCGAUGAUGGCGAUGAUGAGGAACAGAAGUAAAUCUGAACACUUCUGAGUCUUCUUCACACAUUCGCACCAUCUGUUUUGAUACUUGUACAAGAGCAAUACCGGCAACGGUACUUUCGAAUUGCAUG